AUGAACUUCCUCCGGAGGCGGCUGUCUGACAGUAGCUUUGUGGCCAACCUGCCCAAUGGAUACAUGCCGGACCUGCAGCGCCCAGAGAGCUCCAACAGCUCCCCAGCGUCCCCGGCCACAGAGAGGAGGCACCCCCAGCCCCUGGCUGCCUCCUUCUCGUCUCCGGGAUCCAGCCUGUUCAGCUCCUUCUCCAGUGCCAUGAAACAGACCCCGCAGGCCCCCUCGGGGCUGAUGGAGCCACCAACUCCUGUCACACCCGUGGUCCAGAGACCCAGGAUCUUGCUAGUCAUUGAUGACGCCCACACAGACUGGUCGAAAUAUUUUCAUGGGAAGAAAGUGAAUGGUGACAUUGAAAUCCGAGUGGAACAGGCGGAGUUCUCUGAGCUGAACCUGGCGGCUUACGUUACCGGAGGCUGCAUGGUGGAUAUGCAGGUUGUGAGAAAUGGCACCAAAAUUGUGCGGUCAUUCAAACCUGACUUCAUCCUGGUUCGACAACAUGCCUACAGCAUGGCCCUGGCUGAGGAUUACCGGAGCCUGGUCAUCGGGCUGCAGUACGGAGGGCUUCCUGCCGUCAACUCUCUCUACUCCGUGUACAACUUCUGCAGCAAGCCAUGGGUGUUCUCUCAGCUCAUUAAGAUCUUCCAUUCCUUGGGUCCUGAGAAGUUUCCACUGGUGGAGCAAACAUUUUUCCCCAACCACAAGCCAAUGCUCACGGCCCCGAACUUCCCCGUGGUCAUCAAGCUGGGACAUGCCCACGCUGGCAUGGGAAAGAUCAAAGUAGAAAACCAGCAUGACUACCAGGACAUCACCAGUGUGGUGGCUAUGGCCAAAACCUAUGCCACCACGGAGGCCUUUAUUGACUCCAAGUAUGACAUCCGCAUACAGAAGAUUGGAUCCAACUACAAGGCAUACAUGAGAACCUCCAUCUCUGGAAACUGGAAGGCAAAUACAGGCUCUGCUAUGCUGGAACAGGUGGCCAUGACAGAAAGGUACAGGCUGUGGGUGGACAGCUGCUCAGAAAUGUUCGGCGGCCUAGACAUCUGUGCCGUCAAGGCCGUCCACAGCAAGGAUGGCAGAGAUUAUAUCAUCGAGGUCAUGGACAGCUCAAUGCCCCUGAUUGGAGAACACGUGGAAGAGGACAAGCAGUUAAUGGCUGACCUUGUUGUCUCCAAGAUGAGCCAACUCCUGGUGCCAGGGGCCACGGUGCCCUCACCCCUGAGACCUUGGGGUCCACAGACUAAACCUGCAAAAUCUCCAGGGCAAAGUCAGCUAGGACCUCUGCUAGGACAGCCCCAGCCAAGGCCACCUCCACAAGGAGGCCCUCGUCAGGCUCAGUCUCCUCAGCCUCCCAGAUCUAGAAGUCCAUCCCAACAGAGACUCUCCCCGCAAGGCCAGCAGCCCGUAAGUCCCCAGUCAGGAUCUCCACAGCAGCAAAGGUCACCGGGCUCUCCACAGCUAUCCCGAGCAUCUGGUGGUAGUUCUCCAAACCAGGCCUCCAAGCCAAGUGCCAGCCUCAGUUCACAAAACAGGCCUCCUGUGCAGGGACGCAGCACCUCCCAGCAGGGUGAAGAGCCCCAAAAGCCAGCGUCACCUCACCCCCACCUCAAUAAAUCUCAGUCCCUGACUAACAGCCUCAGCACAUCAGAUGCCUCCCACCGAGGGACCCCAAGUGAGGAUGAGGCCAAGGCUGAAACCAUCCGCAACCUGAGGAAGUCCUUUGCCAGCCUCUUCUCCGACUAGCCCCCGCCUAGGCUGGAGGACAGGCAGGCAUGAAGACUCGAUGACUGGAGUCUUUUCUCUGGUUCCCUCCUUCUCAGCCUUGGUUCCUGAUGGAAAUAUGCUUCCUAAAGACCCAGGUCUACAUUCAUUCCCCCCCUCCUUGGCCAUGACAUCCCAAUGCUGCCUGACUGAAGAGCAGUAGCCUUGAGAGCCCACAGGUUCCUCAACACGGGCCUUCUAGAUAGACAAGGCAUCACUACAUCCACCAUAUGCCUGCUCCCUGCUGCAGUACCAAGUGAAAUGUCUCUGUGGCUUGUUUUUGCAGUCUUACUAGUAUUUUGCUUGCCGUUGGGCGGAGGCCCCCUUCUAGGUCUUGACUUGCCUCCAUCAAAUGCAUACAUUGUAGUUGGAUCUCAGCAACACAAGAGGCAAUACUUUUUAAUGGUGUUUUUGCAAACAGGGAUAGGGAAGCCCAGCCUGGAAACCCACUACUCACCUAAAGCAAACUAGUGCCAUCCUUGCUGGGAGUAGGCUGACAAAGGCCCCAUCACAGCUGGCCCUCAUGGGGACCUUGAUGUCAACAGACAAAACCUAGACCCUAUGCAACAAGUGAGACCUUUCAAAACAGGACAGAGGGAAUCCAGAAGAGAGAGCCUGUGUUCCCUGGGGAGAGGGUCACAGGAGGAUGGUGCCUGUCUGACCUCACACAGAAUCUGUCCUUUUUCAUCCUUAAGGCUAGAUGGGAAGCCAGAGAAAGUGGACGGCUCCCUGUUGCAGGAUCAGAAGACACGGUGAUGGUUCCGCAUCUUACCUGCUCUGGAAAGGGAGUCAGUAGGCUGCUCAAUUUACAGUGGGAGAGCCUUCAAAAACAGUGUGCAUUUUUCUUUAAAAGAUACUGAAGCCUUUUGGAAUUUCUUUCAGAAAAAGUUCCACUCCAACCUUGUUUCAGUGUACCUACGAUGACCACGACGGUUUGCUGCAGAGCUAGGCAAAAUUGUUCUGAUUCCCUUUCCAGUGGUCUUUCCCCUGCACUAGAUGCCCCCCACCCCCCCAGGAU